AUGAAAGAUUCACCUGCGUUCAACGCGAAAAACAAAUCAGUGGCCCCGGAUAGGCGUUCAGCUGUAGCCACCCUCUCGGUGCUCAGCUGUCAUGCCACCCGGAGGAAGCACGAGGGCGGGGAUACUGCCAGGUUGCCCAAGCCUAGACAGGGGAAGUCAAGAGGUAGAGGUCGGGCUCGAACCACGGACCUUCCAGUCAUAGGCUUGGCAAGCAUCGCUCGCCACUUGAGUACAAGGUUCUCGAAACAGACUAGCAAUACAGAACCCCUUGAAGCUGUUAGUAGCACCACGAACGCUGGCUCUGGCAAUACAGAACUCCCUGAAGCUUAUGUUAAAAACCCAAACGUUCUUCUACCGGCUGUAGCACCCUUUCGGUGGCUAGCUGCCACGCCACCCGAAGAAAACACGAGGGCUAGGAUACUGCCAGGUUGCCCAAGCCUAGACAGAAGAGGUCGAGAAGCAAAGGUCGGGUUCGAACCACGGACUUAA